AUGGAUCUAGGAGAAAAUGUGCUUAAGAGCAGCCCAGCACCACUGGUAGGAUUCGGAGGGGAACAGGUCAUUCCCGAAGGAAGGAUAGAGUUGUUGGGAGAACCAGUGACGGGCCUGAAUAAAGCGACAGACCUCUCGGGAGAGGCAAGGCCGAGCCCUGGUCAUCGACUUAAUUCGACCACCCUUGAUAGGGGAGGAUCGGCUGAGGAGGUAGAAUCUGUCCCUUUGACAGUCGAAGAACAACGGGUCAACAUCGGAACCAAGUUGGGGAAUGAGGAAAGAGAAAGCCUUAUAAACUUCCUCAGAAGCAACGCUGAUGUGUUCGCAUGGUCACCGGAGGACAUGCCGAGAAUCGAUCGAGGAGUUAUGGUACAUCGACUCAACGUCGACGAGAGCUGUAAGCCAGUGAAACAGAAGCGUCGCGCGUUCAACCAAGAAAGGAACGAGAUUGUAGCUGAACAUGUGAAUGAGCUACUGAAAACAGGCUUCAUUCGGGAAGUACAUUAUCCCCAGUGGAUAUCCAACGUAGUGCUGGUAAAGAAGCCAAACGGCAAAUGGAGAAUGUGCAUCGACUUCACGGACCUAAAUAAGGUCUGUCCAAAGGAUUAUUUUCCUUUGCCUCGAAUAGAUCAACUGGUUGAUGCCACUGCGGGACAUGAAAGAUUGAGUUUCAUGGAUGCCUACUCUGGAUAUAAUCAAAUCAAGAUGCAUGUACCGGAUCAGGAGAAAACCACUUUUGUCACGAGUCGAGGCUUGUAUUGCUACACCGUGAUGCCGUUCGGAUUGAAGAAUGCAGGUGCAACCUACCAACGAAUGCGACAAGUACUCUCAAAACAAAGAUCUUUACACAAUUAUUCGUCUUCUGUUUUGAGAGUGGGGGCCAUUGUUAUGGAGAACAAAAACGACCCGAAACGGGACAAGGAGUUGAAGUCUGAGAUCAUUGAUUGGGGGAGACCGGCCCGUGACGUAACGGGCCGGCCCAAAGAACGACCUAAUGCCGGGGCAAAGAACGAGGAAAGCGACUGGCGGAGAACUAAUCGGGCCGAGAGGGCUCGGUCCCGACCCAUGCUCGGCCCACGACCCAGCCAACGAUCUCCCAUCUUCGAUCGACGAUUUCGCCCAGGCCCUGCAACGGUGAAUUAG